AAAUGUUACCCGAACCUGGCGGCGGUUGCAGGCAUCCCGAUAUCAUGGAUAAUUUGAUUAUGUGCCGUGAUCAAAAGUGAUAAAGUGUGAUAUCGCGAACAUAAAAAGUGAAAAGUCGUUGACAUAGAACGACAACAGCAACGGGUAAAAUCCGUGAAAUCCCGUGAGGAAGUUUUCUCUGUGAGUCCUUUGGGAAUACCUCAAUCCGCUAAUACGAUACAAAAUGGUUGCGGGAAUAGGAUGGAAACAGUACGACGAAUUCACUCCAUCAUCAUUGAAACAAGAAAAAGUAGAUGGGAUCACGACAGAUCACGUCGCAGAUGUCAGUUCGCCGGAAAGUCUACCAGACUUCGAACGAGCGCCUCCGAGAAAGAUAGAUGAAUACAUUAGAGCAGAACUACCAUAUUUAAGUAAAAGAGCCACGGUGGCGUUACUGAGUUGUUUAGGUUUCAUCAUCAUGUUCGGGAUGAGAACCAGCAUGGGUCUGGUCAAAAUUAAAAUGAAUAACACGUGGACACCUGAAACGUUAUCAGCAGUUGACGCUGCCAUUUUUUGGGGAUAUUUCGUAACUCAAAUUCCUGGUGGUCUAAUAGCGGCAGCAUAUCCGGCUAACAAAUUAUUUGGAGCGGCAAUAGCUUCGUCUUGUGUUUUGAAUCUUAUUAUUCCUGCUGUAUACCAGAAACCAGACAUUCUUAUUGUUGUUAAAGUUAUGCAAGGUCUGGUAGAGGGUGUAACUUAUCCGGCUUGCCAUGGAAUUAUGAGGCACUGGGCACCUCCUUUAGAAAGAUCACGGUUGGCAACUCUUGCAUUCAGUGGAUGUUACGCUGGUGUGAUGUUCUCGAUGCCAAUUUCUGGAGAACUUAUAGAACAUUUCGGUGUUUUAGCACCCUUUUAUUUCUAUGGAGUGAUAGGAAUUUUUUGGUACAUAUCGUGGCUGUGGUUGGUAUUCGAAAAACCAUCAUACCACACCUGUAUAGAUAUUAAAGAAUUGGCGUUUAUAGAAAAUUCGUUAGGAACAGCGAAUCAAACGUACAUCGUCCCAACUUUGACAAAUACGCCUUGGAAGGCUUUCUUUACCUCCCUUCCUUGUUAUGCCAUCUUCGUAGCGAAUUUUUGUAGAUCUUGGAAUUUUUAUCUGCUGGUGCUAUUCCAAGCCUCGUAUUUCGAAGAUACAUUCCAUUCAACGAUGACUGAGAAUGCUCUGCUUGGAGCUCUACCUCAUUUGUUAAUGACUGGAAUUGUUCCUACGGGAGGUAUCCUAGCUGAUCGUUUAAGAAAAAAAGGAAUUUUAACAACUACUCAAGUUAGAAAAUUAUUUAAUUGUGGAGGUUUUGGUAUGGAAGCCACAUUUUUCAUUAUCAUGGCUUAUUCCCAUACUAUAACACAAGGUAUGACAGCUUUAUCAAUAGGAGUUGGUUUCAGCGGGUUUGCUAUAUCGGGUUUCAAUGUUAACCAUUUAGACAUUGCACCAAGGUACGCUAGUAUUCUAAUGGGUAUGUCAAAUGGUAUUGGUACUAUAGCAGGAGCUAUAGUACCCUACGUUGUGCAUCUAAUAGUCAAGCACAAGAAAAAAGAAGAAUGGCAGAUAGUAUUUAUUAUAUCUGCCAUGGUACACUAUUCCGGUAUCAUAUUCUAUGGAUUAUUCGCGUCAGGGGAAUUGCAGGAUUGGGCCGAUCCAAGCAUCGAAGAAGAAAAACAGUGGAGCCAAAUGAAUGAAGCUAUGCCAAUAAAAAAACAAACCCCUCAAAACGGAGUGGUUCAAAGACAAACAAGCAUGUCGUCUAGCUACGGAUCAGUAGAAACUCCACUUCCACCACGUCCUCCAAGACCGCCAUCUUUAACAUCUCAAACUUUCUCACAAGACGUGCCAUUCCAACAACCAGUAGAGCCGAUAGUAUCAACCGGAAAUCCUUUCCGGACCUCUUCAAAUCCUUUUAGGCAAGAAGCUGUACAACCAAACGCUCAAGAUACUUACAUGCACGGUACUAUUAAUGACAGAACUUAUUAAAUUCCUUUGUUUGAAUUGUAUCGUUGAUACGUGGUUGUUUCGAAAAUCGUUGUGUUGAAUUUUCUCAAUUACUUUUUUCAUUAUCUAUUUAGAAAACUUGAUAACAAAGUAUGAUGAGGUGAUCUCAAAUACAAAUACCUUUUAGUAUAUGUAUUAGUUGAUACUCAUUGUAGCUAGAUUUAACUGUUCUGGAAAAAUUUGUUUAUUUGUGUUUGCAGUCCAAAACUGCAUUAUACAAGCUAUAGACUCUAAUUUUUGGUCUUAUGAUACCUUGUCGGUUCCAUAAAAAUAUGUCCUUGAUUAGAUACUUUGAACCGGUUUUUUCUUAGUGUACUAUUAUUACAAUAGAAAUUAAAAGCCGAACAUCUCCGCUCAACUGCAAAUUUAGAAGUCAUAUUAUUCUUCUAUUCUCAAAAAAAUGUUUAAAGUAAUAUUUACCACAGAGAUGGGAAUUUCUAUUUACAACUCUGCUGGGCUGUAACAAAGUUUAAAUCGACGAAGAAGUCGACAAUCAUGACAUCUUGAUGAGAAAUGCUGAAACCAUUGAAAAUUCAAACUCCCAUCUCUAGAAUAAGAUUCGAAAUUUAUUUCUUAAUUUGUGUUAGUGCCGAUAUCUAUUGGUAGGUAUUGAAAAAACCUGAUUUUGUUUUGAAAUUUCAAUUGUCUAUUAUUAGUUGAUUAUAUCUAGAGUAUUGUUAUUAAAUUGAUAAGAAUUGAUAAAUUGAUAGCAAUAUGUGAAUAAUAACAUCUGCAGCCAGGGACACAAAGGAAUAACUCAAUUCCUUUUUAAAUAGAAUUAAAAAUAUAAGGGAAUAAAAAUUUAAAUUUCAAACUUUUGAACAAACCAAUGACAUAAAAAUCAUAUAUUUUUAUGACUGCAAAACUUGAAACCAAGAGAUGUUCAAGGCGUUUGUUCUAUAGUUUUGUGUUAAGAAUCAAAAUCGCAAAAUUCGGCAGUUGUUGGAAAAAGUAAAUUACAGAACGUAUUUUUUACUGAAAGAAUGAACAACAAUUAACUUAUGUUAAUAAUAUUUAAUUAAACAGGGUUUUUCGGAAUAGCACUCAAAUCUAUGACUAGAAUGAUUCUAUAGAUAAAUAUAAGGAAAAAAGUUAGUAUAGGUAGCCAUACUGAUGUCUCGGGUCUGAAAUUGUCACGCAAAUUUGUUUGCGUAUUUUGACCUGAAAAAGCUGAUAUUCUAUUUCUUGGUAAAUCCUAUUUAUCUAGCUCUCAACGUUUUUCUUGUUCUUCAAAAAUCACUCAAAUUUGACUCUUCUUCCAAUUCAUAUAUCUCGGAAAAUUUCAUUCAAGCAAUUUAGAAUAGCGUGGCUAAAUUGUGAAAAUUUACCAUUCUUCUAAAACCGAAUAUCAUUGAACUGGUUAGGGGUCAGCAUUUCUUAUUGCUAUUGUUCAAUCAAAUUGCAUCAAUCUAAGAUUGAUUUGACUACAGUAUCUAAAAUAAUGGUGAUUAACUUUGUUCGUUUGAAGAAAUUUUACUUGUAAAAUGGGAACCUGCAUCUACCUUAUCCUUUCAAAGAAUUCCUUUUGGAUGCGUAUCAUCAAAUAUGUCAUGUCAAAUUUGUUAUCAUUUGCUUUCCUAUUCGAUAAACAUGAUUAAAUUGAAUAUCUUUUAGUGAUGACAAUAAGAAAUAUUUUUUAUGAAUUGUUGCAUCAACUUCAAAGGUUAUUAGCGACAUGUGAGUUCACAAUUUGUGAUACAAUUCAAUGUCUUUUAGAUAUUUGAUUGAGUUUGAUUUGGUAGUUUUUGUACUUCUGACAGUUCAACAAUAAAUGUUUCACGUUUAGAUUCACUUAUUGAUGGGUUUUCUCAGUUAAAUAGAUAUGAGAUGGUUUUAUAGAUUUUAAUAUCGAUCUGUUCCGCUCACUUUGUCACUUGUACUGAACUGUUGUUUUGAUUAUCUCUUUAUAGUCGUUUGCUAUCACUUCUCUCACAAUUGUAGCUUCGUUGUUAUCUGCUACUUUUUUGGCACAUUUGUCUGCUUUUUCGUUUCCUGGGAUGCCGGUAUGUGAUGGGAGCCAAAUAAUUGAUACGUUUGCCUUGGAUUGGUGGAUAAGGUGUAAUUGGAUUUGGGUGUAGGUAUUGAGCUCAGUUGGAGUUUGUAAUUAUGGCUGUUCUAUUAUACUGAUUUCUUCUAGGGAUAAUUAGUGCCUGUAAUAUGGUAUGGAGCUCUCCAGUGUGGACGCUAUUGUGUGGAGAUGGUUUAAAUUUUUUUAUUACUUUCUCUAGUACUACUUCAGCACCUAGGACAUUAGGUGUUUCGGAUGCGUUAAUGUAUAGAAAAUCAUUAUGUUUUCCUAUUCAAUAAACACGAAUAAAUAUAAAUAAAUAAAAAUACCUCGUCCCGAUGACCACCUUUUAUUGAUGACAAAGAGAAAUUAAUUGAAGGAAAAUCUACUACUUUUUGACAUGAAACAUGUUUCAAUAAUCACUGACUAUAACUAAGAGAUAUCCUAAAAUUCAUAGCUUGAAGAAAUAAUAUUAAUUUUUCCUCUUUCUAAUAUAUAGCGUGGGGCAAAUGAGAGGAAUGAAUUUGUUAUUUCGUAAACCGGCGACUUCAAGCAAAAAACCUGAAAUACGUCAACUAUUAGUAAGGAUACCUUUUUAUUUUUAACAUCAUCUAUGUGGGCGUGAUGACGUCAUCGGCAUCAAAGUUAUUAACAUUUUUAAAUGGAAAUGUGAGUAUUGUAAAACAUUAUUUGAUAUAAUUGAUUCGCGUGUUGUCACAAAUAUUAUUGAUAAAAUUUCAACAGAUUUCUCCAUAAAAUAUUUUAAGUGCAAUGUAAGAAAUUCAGAGAAACUAAUCAUAUCAACGAUCUCCCUAAAAGUAAUAGAAAACUAAUAUAUGAAGCCUUUAAAGAUGUCCCCAUGCCAGUUCAAGGCAAGUAGCAUUGGAUAAUGACAUGAUUCAUUCAACAGUUGUUAGAAAGCUGAAGAAGCAAAAGUGACAUAUUCUACAAAGUACAAGUCUCAUGGAAGACGAAUUUGAUAGACGAAUUGAAUUUUGUAAAAUUAUAAUGGAACAAAAUAACAGAGAUCCGUAGUUUUUGGAAAAAGGUUUUUCUCUGAUAAAGCAACAUUUCUAUUAAACGGUCAUGACAAUCGUCAAAAUUAUCGGUGCUGGACUACGAAAAAUCUACACUGAAUGCAAAAGUACUGUACUCAAUACUCAGAGAAAGUUAAUAUUUGGGAGUUUAUAAUAUCUAGAUAAUAGUAGUAUUAGUCCAAUCUUUUUUGAAAAAACCUCAACAAGUCCUAGAUAUUUAGACAUUUCUUCAAAUUUUCUUUUUCCCUGAAUUGAACCAGUUGUUUCCAAACAGAAAUGAUUUAUGGCUACAACAAGACGCCUCUUGAUUUCUUUUCAUGGAAAUAUUUGAAAAGUAAAGCGUACCAAAAUAGACCACAAAAUAUCAUUGAACUCAAAGAAAGGAUACGUAUUGAGGUUGCGCAGAUAGCUCCGGAAGUUAUAAGGAAAAUUCCAGAUGAAUUUGUAUCCCUCUCUGUUAGCACUUAAUUUAAGUUUCGUUGUAUUUAAUUAAUAACAAUUUUUGUAAUCAUACAAAUAUAUUAAUUUUUUAAACAAAUACUAAUCAAUUAUUCAGACAUAUUGAUAUGGCUGCAUAGAUAUUUGACAGUCUUUUAAAUAAUGUAUUUUACAAAAUAAUGUAUUUCUAUUUGAAAAUUUUAGCGAUGAGGUCAUCACGCUCACGUAGAUGACGUCAAAAAUGAAAAGGUAUCCUUACUAAUAGCCUGUUUAAAAUUAAAAAUCCAUAAUUUCAUCAUUUCAUAAUUUUUUUAUAGUCUUAGGUUUACGUUUUUAUGUGUUCCUGGCUUAGAAUUUCAUACUUUGUUUAAUGUUGAAAUGAAACGUGUUCAAUAUAGAGUUAACUGUUAAAUAUUUGAAAUUAGAGCAAGAUGAAAACUAUGAUCAAAUAUUUCUUAGAAUAGAAAAGAAAAUGAAAACGAAGAACAAUUCCAGUAGGUACAUCUACAAAAAGCAUAAAGGAAAUGAAGAAAUUCCAAUAUUUUCUUGGCAAUUUAACAAUAAUAUGGAGCUUUAUUGACUCCACCUAUAAACAAUUUCAAAUUUGUGUUCAGUCUCAUUUCUGCAUUAAAUUCAAAGGGAAAUAAAAUGUCUUAGAAAUGUCCUUAGAAAAGACAAAAUUAUCAUAAAUACUGAUUGAUUAGAAUACUUGUUAUGUUUUAAUAAUUGUUCCUAUGUUAUUUUAAAACUUGCUUUUGUCAUUUUAGAUCCCAUCAAAUUUUGUAAUAAACCACGAAAAAACUAAUCAAAUUGGUUAACUCGAGAAGAUGAUAAAAAAAAGUGCGGUGAAUAGUUUGAUUGUUUAUAGAAAUUUUGGAAAUUUAUUAACAUCCACUUCAGUUCACAAAUAUAUUUGAGAAAAAUAUCAUUCCAAUUAAAUGAUUUUAUCACCGUUCUUUUUAUCAUAGUAGUAGUUAGGGAUCUGGUGGUAAAUUGGGCAUGAAUUUGCCUGAAUAUAGAAAUAUAAGUAGUGAGCUCCGUUAGUUUAAGCUUUUUUUUUUAAUUGAAUUUGGAACAAAAACAGUAAUCGAAAUGAUUUUGCCUGCUUAUAUCUAUAUGACAAACGUUUUCAAAAUAAUAAUUAUUUAUUGAGAGAAAAAAUAAUUCAUUUUGUAUCAUUUAAUCACCUUUUUUGUUAAUUUCCAUGUGAAAGAUUCCAAUUAUUAAAAGACAAAAAUAAAACUUAAAAUAUGGAAAAUAUCCGUAUUGUUUAUAACCAGCAGCUGUCUUGCUGGAUGUUUCAUAAAUUUAUAUGUAUACUAGCUGACCUGACAGACGUUGUCCUGUGAAUAUUGAAUUCGAAAUGGUUUUGGAAUCGGUUAAGCCGUUUAAAUGUUCCAAAAAAAGUUUUUUCGUAUUUUUUUGAGAUUUCUCAAAAUCUACCGGUCUAAAUUAUAUUCAAAAUCUAAUUUUGGUCAAGCCUUUUCGAAUGGCGUCAACCGCGAGGAGAUCGGUUACACACAUAUACAAAAUAAAGGAAAUUGCGAAGAAACUGGAUAUAAUGAAGGAGUAAGAUGUUAAAGCACUGAAGAAACACAACAAUAUUCUGAAGGAAAGGGUAGUGAUAAUAAGAGAAGAAGUAGAAUUUUACUUUUCCGCUCUUUAUAAAUAAUGAAAACAUUACAUGCUGAAGAACUUUUCAAUAAUAUAGAAUUAUUUGUUUCCAUUAUAUAUCAAAUAUCCAUUCUUAUAUGAUAAUUGGAAAUAUUUCAAUUUCUCUUGAACAAAGCAAGAGAAAGAAACGUCUAUAAUAUUUUCACAAAUUGAAUAAAUUUCAUUGGGACGCAAUUUUAUUUUAUUGAAUGUAUUAUUUCACUUAUUUCAGUGAUAUUAUGAACGUUUUAUAUACUGUAUCUCUACCAGCUCCCUUACUAUAGAACUUGAGAGAUGUUAGUACUGAUUAUAAAUACAUAAAAAAACAUAAAAAAAGUAAGAUAAUGUUAAAUUAAUUUAUUUCUAGUUAUUUUCAUUUCGAUUAUAUCUAUUUGAUAUAUGUAAUUAAUAACAUUUCUGUAAACAAUGACAUAUGUUUUUAUUAUUUGAAUAUUAUAUCGUUAAUUUGGAAAAAUAUAAUAAAUGUAGUGCCUGUAACUGCACUUAUUAUUCGACGCAACUGUAUGUAAUUUUAUUAUAAUAGUAAUUUAAAAAAAAACAUUGUACUCUCACUGUUUUAAUAAAUAUGAAGUCCAUUCAAAUAUUUGACAAAUGUCCCAAAUUGAAUUAUUCAAAUCCUCUGACUGAUUUGUUAUACAUAUUAUUAACAUAACCUGUGAAAAUAAUCCUGUAAAUAUAUUCAUGUAGCUUGCUUAUUAAUCACUUAUUUUUGUGGCUAAGUUAUUUAAAAUUGCUACGUACUUUGACAAAUCUUUACUUGUAGAAUUCAAAAAUCAUGAUAAGUAAAAAUUC